AAGGCAGGUGUCCGGGUGGUGGUUCCUGAAUAGGAGAUGCCGGGAAGGGUCUCUGGGUGUCUGUGGGUUGUGUACCCCGGGGGAUGGGAAGGCCAGGGCUCAGGGCUGCGGUCUCAGACCCGGGUGAAGCAGUGUCCUUGUCCCAGGGGCUGCUGCUGUUGAUGCUGCUGAGCAUGGGCGGGACAUGGGCAUCCAAGGAGCCGCUUCGGCCACGGUGCCGCCCCAUCAAUGCCACCCUGGCUGUGGAGAAGGAGGGCUGCCCCGUGUGCGUCACCGUCAACACCACCAUCUGUGCCGGUUACUGCCCCACCAUGACGCGCGUGCUACAGUCGGUCCUGCCGCCCCUGCCUCAGGUGGUGUGCAACUACCGCGAUGUGCGCUUCGAAUACAUCCGGCUCCCUGGCUGCCCGCGAGGCGUGAACCCCGUGGUCUCCUACGCCGUGGCUCUCAGCUGUCAAUGUGCACUCUGCCGCCGCAGCACCACUGACUGCGGGGGUCCCAAGGACCACCCCUUGACCUGUGAUGACCCCCGUUUCCAGGACCCCUCUUCCUCAAAGGCCCCUCCCCCCAGCCUUCCAAGUCCAUCCCGACUCCCGGAGCCCUCAGGCACCCCGUUCCUCCCACAAUAA